CAACUGGAUGAAAAGGGUGCACAAAAAAAGUACUCUGGUAUCUGGGACUGCUGUACAAAGACUGUUAAAAAUCACGGCUUUUUCGGUUUAUAUAGAGGAUUAAGUGUACUUUUAUAUGGAUCUAUCCCUAAAAGCGCAGUGAGAUUUGGGGCCUUUGAAACGUUUAAGAACCAAAUGAAAGAUGAAAAAGGUAAUUUAACACCAGUUGGUCGUCUUCUGUGUGGUCUUGGAGCUGGUGUUAGUGAAGCAAUCUUCGCUGUUACCCCAAUGGAGACGGUCAAAGUCAAAUUUAUUAACGACCAACGAAGCGGUAACCCAAGAUACAAAGGAUUCUUCCACGGGGUAGGAAUGAUAGUCAGAGAACAAGGGUUGGGCGGUGUUUACAAAGGUUUAACGGCGACAAUAAUGAAGCAAGGUUCAAACCAAGCCAUCAGGUUUUAUGUAAUGGAAACUUUGAAGGAUUGGUAUAGGGAAGGAGACCCUAACAAGCCCGUUCCUAAAUACGUUGUUGGUGCCAUGGGAGCUGUAGCAGGAGCUGCUUCCGUAUAUGGAAACACACCAAUAGACGUGGUAAAAACAAGAAUGCAAGGUCUCGAAGCACACAAAUAUAAAAAUACAGCAGACUGUGCCCUGCAGAUCUGGAAGAACGAAGGACCUUUUGCCUUUUAUAAAGGCACCGUCCCAAGACUUAGUCGUGUCUGUUUAGAUGUUGCAAUAACCUUUAUGAUUUACGACAGUUUCAUGGAAUUAUUCAACAAGGUUUGGCCUUGCCCCCCUUUUACGCGCGAAUGGUUAAACGACAACAAUUGUGCGGCAGCAGCUGCUCCGCCAAAGAAAGGCUUGUCUGGCAUAAUUGCUGGGGGUAUAACCGGUGCGGCAGAUACGUUAAUAACUUAUCCAACUGAAUACAUAAAAACGCAAUUGCAACUAGACAGCAAAUCAAGCACCAAACAUUAUAAUGGCAUGAUAGAUUGUAUAAUUAAAACUUAUAAACAUUUCGGUAUUCUUGGUUUCUACAGAGGUCUUACAGUACUUUUAAUUGGAGCGGUACCAAAAAGUGCAGUACGGUUUGGAACGUUCGAAAUUUUAAAAGAGCGCAGUACCAUGAGAGACGAAAGGGGUAACUUGACCGGUGGUGGACGUGUAUUAUGCGGACUGGGAGCAGGAAUAUCUGAAGGAAUCUUGGUAAUAACACCCAUGGAAACACUUAAGGUAAAAUUCAUCGACGACAGUCGUAAAAAGAAUCCAAGGUUCAAAGGAUACCUUCAUGGCAUAAGACUUAUUAUAAAAGAAGAGGGGGUCUCAGGAAUUUACAAGGGCUUGCUACCAACUGUAAUAAAGCAAGGAUCUAACCAAGCGAUCAGAUGGUAUACGGUAGAAACACUGAAAUUAAUGUACAAAGGAGAUAACCUCGCCUUACCAAUACCAGCAUACAUAUCUGGGCUAAUUGGGGUGAUAGCAGGGGUGGCUUCUGUAUACGCUAACACCCCAGUUGAUGUCGUUAAAACUAGAAUGCAAGGACUUGAUGCUAAAAAGUAUAAAGGAACACUAGAUUGCAUUGUAAAAAUUUGGAAAGAAGAAGGUCCUUUUGCAUUUUACAAAGGGACCAUUCCUAGAUUAGGAAGAGUUUGUUUAGAUGUUGGGAUGUCUUACGUCAUAUUUGACAGUUUAAUGAAAUUACUCACUUAAUGAACUACUUUAAAC